UAGGAGCUGUCAAAAAUUUAUCAGAAUAUUUUGAUCGUUUGUGUUCACUUGCAAGGUAUUGUUUAUCUUUGGAUAAUUUCGCAAGUAUGGGUCGUCGCCGGAAUAGUUCAAGGGGUUACCAGGCCUGGCGCUCCCGUUCCCGUUCGCGUUCCAAGUCGCGUCCCCGACCCACUCGCUCCGACACGAUCUUCUCAGACAGACCGCGGCUGGAACGACGUCCGGGCCAUGCUGCCUCAUCCUGGGACAUUCCGGCCGCCGGAUAUGACCACCUGACCCCGCUCCAGUACAAGGCCAUGCAGGCCAGUGGGCAGAUUGCCUCCAGGAUUGUUCCGGAUGCCGUGCCAACGGGGGAAUCCGCUGCCAUUGCGAUGGUCACCAGACAAGCUCGUCGUUUGUAUGUGGGCAAUAUUCCAUUUGGCGUUACGGAGGAGGACAUGAUGAACUUCUUCAACAACCAGAUCAUGUCCCUGGGCCUGAAUGUCUCCCAGGGUUUGGAUGCCAGGGCGGUGCUGACCUGUCAGACGAACCUGGAAAAGAACUUCGCCUUCCUGGAAUUUCGGUCCAUGGAUGAGGCCACCCAGGCCAUCGCCUUCGAUGGGAUUAGCUUUCGCGGGCAGACUUUGAAGAUCCGAAGACCCCAUGACUACCAACCGGUGGCCUCAUUUUGUCCCCCCGAAGUCGAAACUUCCCUCGACUUGAAGAUGCUCACAAAUUUGAAUAUUCCAUCGACUUCAGGCGCUUCAGCUGGACAUGCUAUAUCCACCCUUGUUCCCGAUUCCCCGAAUAAGAUCUACGUGGGUGGCCUGCCCACCUGCUUGGAGGAAGCACAGAUCAAGGAGCUGCUUCUUUCAUUCGGAAGACUAAAAGGAUUCAAUCUGGUGAAGGAUAGCCAGACCUCCCUGAGCAAAGGAUUCGCCUUCUUCGAGUAUGUGGAUCCCACGGUCACCGAACAAGCUAUAGCUGGCCUAAAUGGCAUGCAGUUGGGGGAACGCAGGUUGGUUGUCCAGCGAUCCAUUCCCGGAGGAAAGAACGGGAUCAUUGGACAACCUCCCGUAGUUCAGGUACCGGGGAUAUCCACCCUACUAUCCACUGGCUCACCCACGGAGAUUCUGUGCCUGUUCAACAUGGUUCUGCCGGAGGAACUCCUGGACGACGAGGAGUACGAGGACAUCAGCAGCGACAUCAAGCAGGAGUGCACCAAGUACGGGGAGGUGCGCAGCCUCAAGAUCCCCCGACCCAUCGGCCCCUCUCCGCAGCGGGGCUGUGGCAAGGUCUACGUCCAGUUCGAGUCCGUGGAGGACUGCCAGAGGGCCCUCAAGUCGAUCAGUGGACGCAAGUUUAGCGGUCGCAUCGUGAUGACCUCGUUCUACGACCCCGAAAAGUAUCUGGCCAACGACCUUCAAUAA